UGGUGGCUCCCCAGUAUAAGACCCUGAAACUGAAUGCAAGAGACACAGUCAAUUGUAGGAAAACCCCUGCUUCUGCUAAUGCCUGAUAAUAGAUAGUGGAGAUUACUGCUACUUAAAAAACUAUAUUUACUGUACAAUAUGGAUGGCAUUAAACCUACCUGGCUAGUUUUGGGAAAGGAUCUGUAAUUUUGUUGCAUUAUCAAAAAUGGAGGUUGCCAUAUAAAUAGAAUUAUUCUAAUUGCUAAAAUCCAGAUCUGAAGAGAGAGGAAUAGAAGAAAUGUGCAGCAUGGAUGGGAUUUUGACUCUGCAAUCCUUAAAGGCUGUAAUGGUAACUUACAGAGACUGCUGACCCAUCUCUACAGUCUGAAGAACAUUGGAAAGUUAACAGGAUAUUAUCAACAAACUUCCAUUAUGGCCAGGAACACUGCUCUGUACUUCAGGUUGGUCGAAGGGAAGAACUUACCUGCCAAAGAUGUGUCGGGCACCAGUGACCCUUACUGCAUUGUGAAGGUGGAUAAUGAAGCGGUGGCACGAACAGCAACUGUGUGGCGGGAUCUAAACCCCUUUUGGGGUGAGGAAUUCACCCUACACCUACCUCUUGGUUUCCAUACCCUCUCCUUCUAUGUUAUGGAUGAAGACACUAUUGGGCAUGAUGAUGUCAUUGGCAAGAUUUCACUCACCAAGGAAUACAUCGCAUCACAGCCUCGAGGUAUAGACAGCUGGAUAAACCUGAGUUGUGUGGACCCAGAUGAAGAAGUUCAAGGGGAGAUUUAUCUGGAACUACAUAUCAUGCAAGACCAGCAUAGGAGCACCCUGCAUUGUCACGUUUUGGAGGCCAGAGAUCUAGCACCUCGUGAUAUCUCAGGUACAUCUGAUCCUUUUGUCCGAAUCUUCUGCAACAAUCAAACAUCAGAGACAAUGGUUAUUAAAAGAACACGUUUCCCAAGGUGGAAUGAGGUGCUGGAAUUCGAUCUACGAGGAAUAGAAGAGCUGGACCCUGUUGAUCAAAUAAUCAGCAUUGAAGUUUGGGACUGGGACAUGGUCGGGAAGAAUGAUUUCCUGGGACGUGUAUGGUUUCCCCUAGAGCCCCUACAAAAAAGUCCUGCCAUUACUGGAUGGUUCCGGCUUUUGCCCUUUGGGAACUCAGAAGAAGAAAAUGGAGGAAAGCUUGGAUCCCUUCGUGUUAAGGUGAAUCUGUCGGAAGAGCGAAUUCUGCCUUCUGUUUAUUAUCAAACCCUCAUUCAACUCCUUGUGGAAUCUAUUCAGUCUCCUGACCAGGGUGAUAGCAGUUUGCUGUCUCUCUUGGAGGAGAUAUGUUCUGCUGAGAGUCGACAGGAGGUUGCUGUGAAAUUAGUCAAAAUUUUCCUUGGACAAGGACUUGCUGUGACUUUCCUGGACAAACUCAACAUGCGAGAGGUGAACUGGACUGGUGAUCCAAAUACACUUUUUCGAUCAAACUCUCUAGCAUCAAAAUCUAUGGAGCAGUAUAUGAAGAUUGUAGGCAUGCCAUACUUACACGAGGUUCUGCGUCCAAUCAUUACCAGGAUCUUUGAAGAAAAGAGAUAUGUGGAACUUGAUCCAUGCAAAAUUGAUUUGAACCGUGGCAGCAGGCGUAUCUCCUUUAAGAGCUCAGUUUCAGAGCAACAGGUUCGGGAGAGUAGCCUGGAGUCUCUAAAGGGCUAUCUUGGGGACAUAAUGGAUGCCAUUCUGGGCUCUGUGGAACAGUGCCCACCAGGCAUGCGUCUUUGCUUCAAACAAUUGCACAAGAGGGUGGAAGAGCGUUUUCCAGGGCCUUCCAACCAGGAUGUGAAGUAUGCUGCUAUCAGUGGUUUCCUCUUCCUGCGCUUUUUUGCUCCUGCCAUCCUCACCCCUAAACUAUUCCACCUGCAAGAGCACCAUGCUGAUCCCCGCACCGCACGCACCCUACUACUACUUGCAAAGUCCGUACAAAGUAUUGGAAACCUGGGUCAGCAGUUGGGUUAUGGUAAAGAACAGUGGAUGUCGCCUCUGCAUCCCCUAAUCCAGCAAAGUGUUGGCAAAUUGCGUGAUUUCCUGGACCGACUCAUUGACAUGGAAAGUGAGGCAGAAUGUGGACAGCUGUCUCGGACCCUCUUCCACCCAUCAGUUACCAUAAAGGAAGGAUUCCUCCAUAAGAGAAAAGCAGAGGCUGUGAACCUGGUUACUCGUUUUACCUUUAAGAAGAGAUAUUUUUGGUUGAGCAGCCAGACUCUUUCUUAUUCCAAGUCCCCAGACUGGCAGGUGCGUGCCACAAUCCCAGUGCAUCGGAUCUGUGCUGUGGAGCGAGUGGAUGAAAAUGCCUUCCAGCAGCCAAACAUGAUGCAGAUCAUCAGCCAGGACAGUGAGCCACAAGGGGGGCACAUUAUGUAUAUACAGUGCAAGAACGUCAAUGAGUUGAAUCAGUGGCUGUCUGCUCUCAGGAAGGUCAGUCUGUGCAACCAGCGCCUGCUGCAAACCUAUCACCCUGGGGCGUAUCGCAAUUCCCACUGGACCUGCUGCUUACAGUCUGACCGUACAGUGCGUGGCUGCAGUCGCACACAUUUGGCAGUGACGCUGGGAGACUGGAGUGACCCUUUGGAUCCGGAUGCAGAGGCCCAAGUGUUGUAUCGUCAUUUACUGCUGGCAAAGGACGUGCUCAGGAAUAAAUUUCUUGAGGAUGCAGAAAGUGGGAGCUCAGGGAAAUCAGAUGUCAGAAGUCACAAUCAGAAGUCAGCUGAAGGGCCUGUUUCUUCUCCUCUAAAACGACUGCUGUCAGCUAUGGAGGAUCUAGAGAGAACCCACCAAACGUUUGAAAGGAAGGAGAGGGAGGAAACACCCAAUCACAGUCAUUGUACCUAGAAAAGCCAGAAGCCUGGAAAUUUCACAGUGCAGGACGAUAACUGCCAGAUCUUUUGUAUUUUUGUGAGGUGUAUAGGGGGGAAAUAAAAACACAAAUGAAGGACCAUUUCCUGUAUUGCUCACCAGCUCUGUGUGACCUCAGUAGACUGCCUGUGGUGCAUGUUGUGCUUUUAUACUAAAUGUGAGUCUGUCAGCAGUUCCUUCAGCUCUCCACAGCCUCUCCCAUGGGGUCUGGAUUUAGCGCUUUUUAAAUACAUACAUUUAUUACCCACUG